CCGGUCCCUUCGUCCAAAGGGCAGCCCAACCUAGGUGCCGGCAGUGGGGGAUCAUGGAGAACUAUCAGAAGUCCAAGACUGUGGAGAAGCCGUCGCCUCUUCCCUUCACCAACUUGCCUUCCGAUAUAAUUGAAAUGAAAGUGAAGGACGGCAGCAAAAUCCGGAACCUGAUGGGCUACGCCAUUGGCAAGAUGGAGUCGGAGGCCGUGCGGCAGGUCCUCUUCAGUGGCGCCGGCAAGGCCAUCAGCAAGACCAUCACCUGCGUGGAGAUCAUGAAGAGAAGGCUUCAAAGCCUCCACCAGAUCACAAAAGUGUUCUUUAGGCAAACAGAGGAGAUCUGGGAGCCCAUCGUGCCAGAGGCCGGCCUUGAUUCUUUGACUGUGAAGCGGAAUAUUCCUGCCAUUUGUGUCUUGCUGAGCAAGGAUCCGCUGGACACUCAAGAGCCAGGCUACCAGGCUCCCGGGUCUUUUGAUGCCUUCUGGUUAGAAACGCUGAAAUCAUCGGAGUCCCAGGGCCAGGCCAAGAGGAAGCAGGGGGGAGGCAGGGGGGCCGCUCACGCUCGGAAGCUUCCCCGCUCUGGUAGACGGGAGGACUCUUACAAAAAGCCCUGAGCGAGCCCAGCUUCAGAACGGCAGACAAGGAAAGCCAGCCGGUUAUCAGAAUAAAGUGGGAGGCGUUAGAAACACUGGCAGAGAGAAGCUGCAUCUGGAGGAGAGGAAAGGAGAGUCUGUCUGAAUUCAGAAGUCACCUGGCGUUGGACAGACUGAGCACGGGGGUCUUGUGUUGUGGCUUUUCCCCUCGUUUGAACAGGAAAUGCCUCACUGGGUUGUGCCCGGCAUAUUCAGGAUUUGGGUGCUUGAAAUGGCAAUGUGCAGGAUCUUUCUUGGUGGGAAGGAUAAUGAAACCAGGGAGGAAGUCUUAGAUGUUUCCUUCGCUGGUGCCCUGCUGCCUCCCAUUACCUGUCUCUUCUGACGCUGCAAGAGUCUCGCCCUUCGCCAUCUAACCCACUUCUGUUCAUCUGAACAAGAUCGGCAGAUUGCCACGACCCCGGGAUAUCAUAUCACAUUGUCAUCAGAUAACAUUGCUGGUUUCCUUGUGGCCUGAGGGCCUCCAUACUUUUAGAUUAUCUUGCUUUUGCAUUAAGGUCCCGAGCAUUCAAAAGAAGGGAUUCAGCACAAAGGUGAGAGGCGAGUGCCUUGUGUGUGAUUGUGCCAAGGGACUUCCUGAUGUACCUGUACAUGAAAAAGUAGCAUCUCAUCAGGUGUUUGUAACUUCAGAGCUAUGGGUUGGACGCAGUGUAAUUUUGUUCAGCAAGUUUUAUUUUUGUCUCCAAAGCAGUCUUGCCAGUAAAAGAUACUAGGCCAUGAAAAUGUUCAUUGCUCGCCUACA